UCUGGCUGUGCACGGGAGUAUUAUGGGCUGUAUGGAAUUCUGAAGCUAGAGCAGGCUGACUGGACUCGCGCUCACAGCUAGCUUCGCUGCAAGCUAACGGUAUAGACGAAGGUAAACAUGGAGCUAUCGGCUGUCGGGGAGAGGGUGUUUGCGGCCGAAUCGAUCAUCAAGAGACGAAUACGACGGGGUCGAAUGGAAUAUCUCGUUAAAUGGAAGGGCUGGUCAGCCAAGUACAGUACUUGGGAACCAGAGGAAAACAUCCUUGACUCGCGCCUUUUCGUUGCCUUUGAAGAGAGGGAGCGUGAGAGAGAAAUAUUUGGACCCAAGAAAAGAGGACCUAAGCUGAAGACUUUUCUUCUAAAGGCCCAAGCUAAAGAAAAGGCAAAGUCUUAUGAAUUUAGGAAUGAAUCAUCCAGGGGCAUUCAUGUUGCGUAUCCCAGUCCAGAGCCUGUGGUAACCCCUAGAGCGAGAGAGGGACUGCGUGCUGUCGUUCCCACCAUUUUCCCUCCCAGCACAGUCAACCGAGGGGAGAGUGUAAGGCUUUCACCUCCAGAACCAAGGGAGCAUCGUUCUCCUCCCUCAGCUAGACCCAGCACUGAUGCAUUUACCCUUGCCCCAAAGAAGAGAGGACGGAAGCCCAAAUUACGGUUCACAGAUAGCUAUACAAGCUCCUUACAUCCGGAGCAUGCAAAAAGAGCAGCAGAUGAGACCAUGGCAAGCAUUCCUUCCAAAAUGGCAAAGUUAGGUUUGGGUGAAGAGGAAGAGAGAUGCUCUGAAAUGAGUGGGAGAAUUAAAAUAUCUCAUAAGCACAUGAAUGCUACCUAUUUACACAAACAAAACAGAGUCAUUCCAAGCAGGAGUACCCAGCACAUUUCUCCAGAGUGGAAUUUGCAUUCUAGCAGAGUGGAUGCAGACUUACAGGGCUGCAGGACUAAUCCACAAACAAGCCUCUUUCACCAUAAACACCUGAAGCACCAUUCAAAACGAAGAACAUUUGAACAUGGUGAUUCCACCAGCAGACAGCCUUCACUUAUCGCCAAAAUCCCAGUGUCACGUAUAUUUGGAGAGCCGGAAGAGGGAGAUGCUUGGAGACCCUCUUUCAGCAAUGUGGAGAAAGUUAUAGUUACCGAUGUGACGACAAACUUCCUGACUGUAACGAUCAAAGAGAGUAGCACAGAUGAAGGCUUCUUCAAAGACAAAAGAUGAUUUUGUACUGCAGCCAGUGUGCUCUUCUUCAGAAGUCGUUUAUUAUCAAAAAAUAUUCUGUAUUGUGUAUUGUAUAAAAAAAUUCUUAUUCCGUUUUCUGUCCCACUGCAAUCUGUAUUUAUUGUGAAAUUGCUGCUUUAAGAGAUCUGCAUGCUAGACAUGUUAAACAAAGCUAGAACUGCGUUCAAAUGCAUACAAGAGUACUCAGAUCAAUUGCUGUAAAUGAGUUUUAAUUACAAAUUGUUUAAAAUAAAUAUAUAAAAGUCUUUAGGUCUCUCACACAAAUAUUAAGAACACAGACACUUAUGUACAGCCUAAAAAUUUACAUUUUGCACACCUAGCGUCAUUUCAUUGCGUUAUGUCAUUACUUUUUGAAUUCUUGUAAUUUACGUUGACUUUUUUGUAAGUUUAUAUUGUCAGUUACCUUGUAAACUUGUUUCACGGUACAACGACCUUAACAAUUUAUACAUAAAAGUGUAAAAUAAAAAUCUGAUUUUCAUCUCAAAAGUAAAAUAAUAAUGAACAUG